AUAGACCUUUCUCCAAAGAAGAUACACAAAGGGCCAAUAAGCCCACGAAAAGAUGUUCACCCUCAUUGGUUAGGGAAAUGCAAAUCAAAACCUCAGUGAUGUCGGGUUUGGCCUUGGCAACCACAGCCUGGCCCAAUGUGGUUCCAGAUUCUGCCCGGGAUCAACGUCAUGGCCCUGUGCUUGUUCAUCCCCGGUAAAGCCUCUGAACACAUUCACAGGUUCACUAAUGGGGGCAAGGAAAAAAGGUUGGCCCAUUAUUCAUGUCAGCGGAGCUUGAUGGAAAGAGAUAGGCGGGUCUCUGGAGUUAAUCGUUACCAUGUGUCAAGGGGUUUGGAGAACAUCGAUCAAGGAAGCAUUUUCCCACUUGAUGAAAAAUAAUUCGGUUAUGCCCAUCUACCCCCUCUAGAAGGGUACGUACUGUA